AUGGCUUGUUACCUGCUGGUAGCCAACAUCCUUCUGGUCAACCUGCUCAUUGCCGUCUUCAAGUCACUGGUGUUGAAUGCAGAUGAGCUGAAGAGCCUGCAUGAGUUUGAGGAACAGUGUGUGGAGGAAUACUUCAGAGAGAAGGACGACGAGAAGCAGUCGUCUAACAACGAGCGAAUAAGAGUCACGUCUGAAAGGGUGGAGAACAUGUUCAUGCGUCUGGAGGAGGUAAAUGAAAGGGAACACUCGAUGAAGGCAUCCCUGCAGACGGUCGACCUCCGCCUGGCUCAGCUGGAGGAGUUCUCUAACCGAAUGAUGAACGCUCUGGAGAAGCUGGCGGGCGUCGACCGAGCUGAGCUCGUCCGCACGCACUCCAGAGGAUCGUCCGUGUGUGAGCCGGGCACUCUGCUGCGCCAAGGCAGCAUCAACAGCGUUGACGGGUACAGUCUGUACAGAUACCAGCUGGAGCACGACGACAGGACGUCGGUUUUCGGAGACAUGGAGGGAAAUGACAAGAGGGUCCAGCAGAGUCCAGAGAGGCAAGGUGGGAACAGCGAGGGAAGAACCAAAACAGGUGAAUUGAAAGACUUCUGCUCAGCUCUGGAGGUACAAGGACUUAAGGACACUCAGUCUCUUUCAAACGUGGACAUCCUCAUCUCUCCCUGUGACCCAGACAUCAAAUCCCCCAAGAUCUGCUCCAAAGAUAAACCCAUAGAGAAGGGCCGACUGGAGGCGGCUGUGUCCUUCCCUCUGGAGAGGUCAAAGGUCACACAGUAUUUAUCCUCUCCAACCCUCAGCAGCUCUCCAUCCUCCAACAAGAAGUAUGUCAGCAACAUCAUCUAUAGCCCCGGCCAGCAGGACCAGAAUUGGGCCACUGAGUUGACCAGCAAGGAAUCCAAAGAGGAACUAGAUGAGAGCAAGCUGCAAAGCCACGAACAGGAGGGUCAGAAUAAUAAUGCAGAGGAGGAGGAGGAGGAGCUGCUGGUAGGGGAGGACCAGAUGUAUCCGACGCUGCGCUCCAAGAGUCUCAAUGCCAACCCAAGAAAGAUGAGGAAGAAGAAGAAGGAGGACGAGGAAACACCACGUACAGCCAGCAGCGUCAAAGAUCUGGUUUCAGCGUUCAGUGGGGGGCCAUGAGGACACGGGGAAGGACCAGGUCCAAAAACU